GGGAAUUUCCUGGGAGGAAGAUACUACGCGGGGCCGGGAGCAGAAUUUGCUCCAGGCACUGGGCCAGUCCGUGAGGGCUCCAGGAUCCAGGGGCCCCACUCCCUUCUCGCCGGGCUCCGGGCCAAGGAAGCGCGGCCGGAGUCCCGGGAAGCCCCUCGGCAGCCAGCCAAGGGCCCUGCGAGGAUCUGGAUGGCGCGGAUGGCGCGGCCUCCACCUGCGGGCAGUGGAGAGAGCGGCGAGAGGAAGAAUAUUCCCCGCGAGCCGGGAUAAGGGGCCCCUUCGUCCCGGUUGACCCAGGUCAGAUCCUCCCGCCGACCUUCGGCCCGCCCUCUGCAGGCGGCCCAGUUCCUCCCCGGCUCGGCUGCCCCUGCCCGCCCCUCGAGGGAGCGCCCGUAGCCAGCGCCCCUGUAAAGAAGUAAGGAGGCGCCGGGCUUCCCGCCCAGGCCCAGGGCCCCAGUGCAGCCUGGACACAGUAUUCAAAGUCUUGGCGUCUGAGCAUUAUUAUGCGUUAUUUUCAAGCUUUGCUAACGGUAUUUAAACCUUUGAGAUGUUUCCAUUAAUUGGAAAAACAAUCAUCUUUGAUAACUUUCCUGAUCCUUCUGAUACAUGGGAAAUCACUGAGACAAUUGGCAAAGGAACUUAUGGGAAAGUUUUUAAAGUAUUGAAUAAGAAAAAUGGCCAAAAAGCAGCAGUCAAAAUUCUUGAUCCAAUUCACGAUAUUGACGAAGAGAUUGAAGCAGAAUAUAACAUCUUAAAAGCACUUUCUGACCACCCUAAUGUGGUCAGAUUCUAUGGGAUAUACUUUAAGAAGGAUAAAGUAAGUGGAGACAAGCUGUGGUUGGUUCUUGAGCUCUGCAGUGGAGGAUCAGUGACUGACCUUGUGAAAGGAUUUCUGAAGAGGGGUGAAAGAAUGAGUGAGCCUCUAAUUGCCUAUAUUUUACAUGAAGCACUAAUGGGACUUCAACAUUUGCAUAACAACAAAACUAUCCACAGAGAUGUGAAAGGAAAUAACAUUCUAUUGACCACUGAAGGUGGAGUGAAACUAGUAGAUUUUGGUGUGUCUGCACAGCUCACCAGUACCCGGCACCGUCGGAACACAUCCGUAGGAACACCGUUUUGGAUGGCUCCUGAGGUGAUUGCAUGUGAACAGCAAUUGGAUACCACUUAUGAUGCCAGAUGUGACACUUGGUCCCUGGGUAUCACGGCCAUUGAGCUGGGUGAUGGAGAUCCUCCACUAGCUGACCUUCAUCCCAUGAGAGCACUCUUCAAAAUACCAAGGAAUCCACCCCCAAAACUAAGGCAGCCUGAGCUAUGGUCAGCAGAAUUCAAUGACUUCAUAAGCAAGUGCUUGACUAAAGAUUAUGAAAAGCGUCCAACAGUGUCAGAACUUUUACAGCAUAAAUUCAUUACUCAAAUUGAGGGCAAAGAUGUGAUGCUACAAAAACAACUAAUGGAAUUCAUUGGCAUCCAUCAAUGCAUGGGAGGCACAGAAAAGGCCAGACAUGAACGUAUUCACACAAAGAAAGGGAACUUCAACCGACCUCUAAUAUCCAAUCUGAAGGAUGUAGAUGAUUUAGCAACCCUAGAAGUUUUGGAUGAGAAUACAGUCUCAGAGCAACUGGAGAAGUGUUAUUCCAGAGAUCAGAUCUAUAUCUAUGUGGGAGACAUACUCAUUGCUCUUAACCCUUUUCAGAGUCUGGGUCUUUACUCCACAAAGCAUUCCAAACUAUAUAUCGGAUCAAAGAGAACUGCCAGUCCUCCUCACAUUUUUGCAAUGGCUGACUUAGGAUAUCAAUCUAUGAUAACAUAUAAUUCAGAUCAGUGCAUUGUUAUUUCUGGAGAAAGUGGUGCUGGAAAGACUGAAAAUGCUCAUCUUUUAGUUCAGCAGCUGACAGUGCUUGGAAAGGCUAAUAACAGAACCUUGCAAGAGAAGAUUUUACAAGUGAACAAUUUGGUAGAAGCCUUUGGCAAUGCCUGCACUAUUAUAAAUGACAAUUCUAGCAGAUUUGGAAAAUACUUAGAAAUGAAAUUCACCUCUUCUGGAGCGGUAGUGGGAGCACAGAUUUCUGAAUAUCUCCUGGAAAAAUCCCGAGUUAUCCACCAAGCUAUUGGAGAAAAAAAUUUUCAUAUUUUUUACUACAUUUAUGCUGGUUUGGCUGAAAAGAAGAAACUAGCCCAUUACAAACUGCCUGAAAAUAAGCCUCCCAGGUACCUACAAAAUGACCACCUCAGAACAGUACAAGACAUCAUGAAUAAUAGUUUCUAUAAAUCCCAGUAUGAAUUAAUUGAGCAAUGUUUCAAAGUCAUAGGUUUUACAAUGGAGCAACUUGGUAGUAUAUACAGCAUACUCGCUGCAAUCUUGAAUGUUGGCAACAUUGAAUUUUCUUCUGUGGCAACUGAACACCAGAUUGACAAGAGCCACAUUUCUAAUCAUACAGCCCUGGAGAACUGUGCUUCUUUGCUUUGCAUUCGGGCAGAUGAGCUACAAGAAGCUCUCACCUCCCACUGUGUGGUCACUAGAGGAGAAACAAUUAUACGACCCAAUACUGUAGAAAAAGCUACCGAUGUCAGGGAUGCCAUGGCUAAAACUUUAUAUGGACGUCUCUUUAGUUGGAUAGUCAAUUGCAUUAACAGUUUGUUGAAGCAUGACUCAUCACCAAGUGGGAAUGGUGAUGAGCUGAGCAUUGGCAUUCUUGAUAUAUUUGGCUUUGAAAAUUUCAAAAAAAAUUCCUUCGAGCAGCUGUGCAUUAACAUUGCAAAUGAACAAAUUCAGUAUUAUUAUAAUCAACAUGUGUUUGCAUGGGAACAGAAUGAAUACCUAAAUGAAGAUGUGGAUGCUAGAGUUAUUGAAUAUGAGGAUAACCGGCCCCUCUUAGAUAUGUUUCUGCAAAAGCCAAUGGGUUUACUUUCCCUACUUGAUGAAGAAAGUAGAUUUCCCAAGGCCACUGACCAGACUCUUGUAGAAAAAUUUGAAGGUAACCUGAAAUCACAAUACUUCUGGAGACCCAAAAGAAUGGAACUUAGUUUUGGAAUUCACCAUUAUGCAGGAAAGGUCCUCUAUAGUGCAAGUGGAUUCUUAGCCAAAAACAGAGACACUCUUCCAACUGACAUUGUGCUACUUUUGAGGUCAUCCGACAACAGUGUAAUUAGGCAACUAGUCAACCACCCUCUGACCAAAACAGGUAAUCUGCCACAUUCUAAAACUAAAAAUGUUAUAAACUAUCAAAUGAGGACUUCAGAAAAAUUAAUCAAUCUGGCAAAGGGCGACACUGGAGAAGCCACACGUCAUGCCAGAGAGACAACCAACAUGAAAACACAAACAGUUGCAUCAUAUUUUAGAUAUUCCCUGAUGGAUUUGUUGUCUAAAAUGGUGGUGGGCCAACCUCAUUUUGUCCGUUGCAUCAAACCAAAUAAUGAGCGUCAGGCAAGAAAAUAUGACAAAGAGAAAGUUCUGCUACAGCUUCGGUACACAGGAAUUCUGGAAACAGCAAGAAUUCGAAGGCUAGGAUUCUCCCAUCGGAUACUUUUUGCUAACUUUAUAAAGCGGUACUACCUUCUCUGCUACAAGUCGAGCGAGGAGCCCCCCAUGAGCCCUGACACCUGUGCCACCAUUUUGGAAAAAGCUGGUCUCGAUAACUGGGCUCUUGGAAAAACAAAAGUGUUCCUUAAGUAUUAUCACGUGGAACAGUUAAAUCUAAUGCGAAAGGAAGCUAUUGACAAGCUUAUUUUGAUUCAAGCUUGUGUCAGAGCAUUCUUGUGUUCAAGAAGAUACCAAAAAAUACAGGAGAAAAGGAAAGAAAGCGCUAUAAUAAUACAGUCAGCUGCAAGAGGACACCUUGUCAGGAAACAAAGAAAAGAAAUUGUUAACGUGAAAAACACAGCAGUAACAACCAUUCAGACUUCUGAUCAGGAAUUCGACUACAAGAAAAACUUUGAAAAUACAAGGGAAUCUUUCGUGAAGAAACAAGCAGAAAAUGCAAUCUCUGCUAAUGAAAGAUUCAUUUCAGCUCCAAAUAAUAAAGGAAGUGUAUCUGUAGUGAAGACUUCCACUUUCAAACCUGAAGAGGAAACCACCAAUGCUGUGGAGAGUAACAAUAGAGUGUAUCAGACUCCAAAAAAAAUGAAUAAUGUGUAUGAGGAAGAGGUUAAGCAAGAAUUCUACCUUGUAGGGCCAGAAGUAAGCCCCAAACAGAAGUCUGUCAAAGACCUGGAAGAGAACAGCAAGCUAAGGAAAGUGGAGAAAGAGGAAGCUAUGAUCCAGAGUUACUAUCAGAGUUACACAGAGGAGAGGAAUUGUGAAGAGUCAAAAGCAGCAUAUCUAGAAAGGAAGGCCAUAUCAGAAAGGCCAAGCUACCCAGUGCCUUGGUUAGCUGAAAAUGAGACUUCCUUUAAAAAAACUUUGGAACCUACACUUAGCCAAAGGUCAAUUUAUCAAAAUGCAAACAGCAUGGAAAAAGAAAAGAAGACAUCUGUAGUUACCCAGAGUGCACCGAUAUGCAGCCAGGAGGAAGGCAGAGGCCAUCUGAGGCAUGAGACAGUCAAAGAGAGGCAAGUUGAACCAGUGACACAGGCCCAGGAGGAAGAAGAUAAAGCAGCGGUAUUCAUUCAGAGCAAAUACCGGGGUUACAAGAGAAGGCAGCAGUUGAGGAAGGACGAGAUGUCUUCUUUUAAGCAUCAGAGGAUUGUCACAACACCAACAGAAGUAGCAAGAAACACUCAUAAUUUGUAUUCCUAUCCCACAAAACAUGAGGAAAUCAAGAAGAAGGAUAACAAAGACUUGAAACCAACUUCAGAAAGAGAAGCAUAUGAUUUGGCAAUUUUUUCAAAACAGAUAUCAAAGUUAUCUGAAGAAUAUUUCAUUCUGCAGAAAAAACUGAAUGAAAUGAUUUUGUCACAGCAACUGAAGCCACUUUAUCUGGGUGUCUCGCACCAUAAGCCAAUUAAUAGACGAGUUUCUUCUCAGCAGUGCCUCUCAGGUGUCUCUAAAGGAGAGGAGCCAAAAAUAUUGAGACCCCCAAGACGACCCCGGAAACCCAAAACAUUAAAUAACCCUGAAGACUCCACAUACUAUUAUCUACUACAUAAGUCAAUCCAAGAAGAAAAACGAAGACCAAGGAAAGACAGUCAGGGAAAAUUAUUAGAUUUGGAAGAUUUCUAUUAUAAGGAAUUUUUGCCCAGUCGUUCUGGACCAAAGGAACAUAGCCCUAGUUUAAGAGAACGAAGACCACAGCAAGAACUCCAGAAUCAAUAUAUUAAGGCUAAUGAAAGGUGCUGGGCGGCGGAGAGCCCCGAGAAGGAGGAGGAGGAGGAGAAGGAGGAGGAGAGAGGGCCAGCAGCCAACCCCUACGACUUCAGGAGGCUCCUGCGCAAAACCUCCCAGCGCCGGCGCCUCGUCCAGCAGUCCUAACCGUGCAACGAGGCAGUCACCGCCGUCGGAAGGCGCUGGAGCCUGCGGGGCAGCAGGGGCCAAGCAGGCGCUCUGGGGCUGGCACCAGCAGGCACUGAAGCUGCGGCCCUGAUCUCCGCAGAGGCUGCCUGCUGCGCUUGGCCCUCAAGUGCCCGGGCCGGCCUUCGUGCUCCGAAACAAGAGACCUGGGAGCCCUCGGGAAACCUCCCCCGACGCCCUCUCUCGGAACUCCCGCACCCUCCUUUCUCACCAGCCCGCCAGUUGGGGCAACCCUGUCCUUGUUCCCCUAAUCUAUCUCUUUGUUCUUUUUUUUUGUGACUCCUGUGGACUCCACUGCGCCUGGGAUCUCGCCAACCCCUCUCUCAUUUGGGGUGACUGAAUUCACAGAUUUUUUUUUAUUAUUGGAAACGGCUUUUCUUGGCCAACAGAACACUUGCUAGCAGUUGAAUCUUAAGAGAAAAAAGCCCGGGAGGGGUGGGGAGAAUUUCGAAGAUGUAUUUCAUCUCAAACUUGCUCUUUCUCUUCCUUUGGUUAUUAAGGUCACUAAAUAAAGGAAGUGCCUUGGAAAA